AUGGGACCUUUUAAAGUAUUAACUCAUUUCAGAAUGAUGGCAAAUAAAGUAUCAUCUUUGCCACUUAGUUUUACUACAUUAACUAAUCUUAGACAUCUUGAUUUAAAUGCAAAUUGUUUUACUGAAUUUCCAACACAAAUAACAUCAUUAACGAAUUUAGAAGAAAUCCAAAUGAUUCAAAAUCAAUUAACAUCAAUACCUGAUUGUAUUGGUAAUUUAGUUAAAUUACAAAGAAUUUCAUUUACUGCCAAUUUUUUAAAAUCGUUACCAAAAGGAUUAGCUAAAUGUGUUGAUAUGAAUUAUAUUGAAUUAACAAGUAAUGAAUUUGAAGAAUUUCCUGACGUAAUUUGUGAAUUAAGAAAAGUAACAAUUUUAAUGCUUCAACAAAACCGAAUUAAAGAAGUACCUGAUUCUAUAAGUAAAUUAGAAAAAUUAAGUGGAUUAUAUUUAUCAUCUAAUAGUUUUGGUAAAUUUCCUGAGUCAGUUUGUACUAUUCCUUCAUUAACACAAUUAGAAUUAGAUAAUAAUAACUUUGUUGAUAUACCUGAUUCUCUUUCACAAUUAACAAAGCUAAAAACAUUAAUUAUUAAUAAGUCAUUUAUUUCAUGUUUAAAUUCAGUAGAUAUGAUGUCAAAUUUAUGUCAAAUUGUGUUAAGUGAUACAAAAUGUAUGUUUCUUCCAGACCUUUCACAAAAUAGUAAAUUAACAUCAUUAAAUGUUAUUCGUGGAUAUUUAAAUGAAGUCAAAUCACUUCCACCAAAUUGUUCAUGUAGAUUUUCUAAUAAUCAAAUAGAAUCAAUUGAACUUCCAGAAAAUGGAAUUCUCCAAUAUAUGAUUCUUUCAAAUAAUAGAUUAAAAGUAUCACCAAAUCUUUCAAUGCUUUCUAAAAUUUCUCGUCUUGAUAUUUCUCAAAAUAGAAUUACUCGAUUUAAUGAAAAUACAUGUCAUCCUACUUUACAACAAUUAGAUAUUAGUUGUAAUCCAUUAGUUGAAUUUCCUGUAUGUAUUACUAAAUGCCAAUCAUUAAAAACUCUUAAUCUUUCUGAUUGUCAUUUAUAUGAUAUUCCCUCUAAUGUUCUUUCUUCAUUAAGUAAUUUAGAAACUUUAUAUAUUGGAUGUAAUCAUCUUAGUUCAUUAGAAAGUCUUUCUGUCUUAAAAAAGUUGAGAGCAUUAUAUUUACAGUCAAAUAAUCUUCUUCAUUUUCCACAAAGUAUAUUUGAUUUAAUUACAUUAAAGACACUAUUUGUAUCAAAUAAUUAUAUCACAACUAUUCCAAAUCAAAUCUCUCAAUUAACUCAAUUAGAACAACUAGACCUUUGUUGUAAUAGUAUUUUAGAUAUUAAACCAUUAACUAAUAUUCCUAGUUUAAAAGAAAUUGAUGUUUCAUUUAAUUUUAUUAAACAAAUUCCAUCAGAAAUAGAAUCAAUGCCAAAUUUAAUAGCAUUUAAUAUCAUUGGUAAUGAACUUGAAACUCAUUGUAAAAUUCCUCAUUUAGAAAAGAAAUGUGAAUUUUUCCAAAUACAACGUCCUGUAUUAAAAACAAGUAAAGAAGAACCAACAUCUGAAACUACUUUUAUUGCAUGUACUGUUUAUAAUGAUAAAAAAGUGGCUAAACCAUUUUCUAUUCCAGUUGAUCUUAAUCCACCAUUUACUUUAAAAAUAGCUAAUGGUCUUAAAAAUGAAGAUGAAUUUCCUAUUGACAUUGGAAUUUCUGAAAUGAAAGGAAGAAGACCUUCUAUGCAAGACACUUCUUUUGUUAUAAAAAAUUAUUUAAUGAAAGGAUAUCAUAUGCUUGGAUUAUUUGAUGGACAUGGAGGAGAUACUGUAUCAAAACUCUCAUCCGCUUUAUUUCCAACUAUUUUUGCAAACCAACUUCAAAGUCAAAUUAAAAAAAGUUUAUCUAAAAAGAAAAUUGAUCCAGAAAACUAUAUUGACACUUGGAUUAAAACAGCUUUUAUUGAAACAUAUUCAACAAUUAAUGAAUAUGUUGAAAAACAAAAAUUCACAGAUGGGUCUGCUGGAAUUAUUAUAUUAAUUACACCUCAAAAAAUGUAUUGUGCUAAUUGUGGUGAUUCAAGAGCAUUAUUAGUUCAAAGAAAUACUGAAAAUCCAAUGUCUGUUGAUCAUAAACCAACUAAUCCAAAUGAAUUUAGAAGAAUUAGACAAAAUUAUGGUUAUGUUGAUAAAAGUGGUAGAUUAAAUGGUGAGGUUGGUCUUGCACGUGCAUUAGGUGAUCUUAAAUGUCAUCCUGCUUUAACUUGUGAACCAGAAGUUUUGACUUUUAAUAGAUCAAGUGAAGAUCAAGCAAUUGUUAUUGCAUGUGAUGGAUUAUGGGAUGUUUUUGAUAAUCAAACGGUUGCUCGUAUGACACGAGAACGUUUAAAAACACCAAGAAUUGCUGAUAUAGCUUGUUUCCUAAGAGAUGCUGCUCAUUUCAAUGAUAGUGGAGAUAAUAUUAGUUGUAUCGUUGUUCGCUUUUAA